AACUUACUUAAAUAUUUAUGUGAAACAGCGAAACAUCCUGAAUAAGUUAAAGGUGAUGUGAAGUAACACAAAAUGAAUUCAUUGAAUUGUGUAAUUGUUACCAUUCUGUAUUGUUUCGGAGUAAUUUGCAAAGGUCAGGGAGUUUUUGUUUCACAAGAUAAAACGAAAUGGAACAAGUCUAGAUGCACCUUGGCAGAACCAAAUAUAAUCUGCAUGGAUGAUGGCCUAUGCAUUGUUGAAAAUGGUUUGGAAUUUCUUACAAAUGUAGAAGAUCAAGACAAUGGAUUUUGGAUUGGAUUUGCCAAAAGAUGGAUAAGUUAUGCUUAUGUUGGAUGUGGCCAAUUGAAUGGUGGAGCCGAAUAUUCUGUUUCAACUCUUGGUGAAUGUAGACGUACAACGGGAUGCAAAACAUUCGGUAUACAAAAAUCAACAGCGGGUUUGCGAUGUAAAUGUGCCAGUAUAAACGCCUCGUGGAAACAAACAUGUGGAGAAAAAUGUGUAGAAGCUGAUCAAUAUCCAUGUGGUGGCACAGCCGACACCAAAAUAUUCUCAUUGUACACUGUUGAAAAUGUUCCACCUAGCGAACAUUCACAAGACAUUCACAGAAACUGCCUACUGUUCUUUUACCAGAACAGACUUGGAAAUGAUUAUUACUGGAAGUCAUGCAAAUUAAACACCACCCCAACGCUAUUAUGCAGCAACAAAUAUUUUUCAGAGCAUAACCCGAUGGCGGAAAGAUACAUCCCAAGUAAUGAAAAUUGGGCCCAGGCUGUUGAGAACUGUGUCGGAGGAGGAAAAUUCCCUGCAUCGAUACCAAGUAUUAAAAAUGUGAAUUUCACUGACCAGGACUCUGAGGACCAUUGGACAGGAAUAAUUAAAGGAGAAUCGAUAACAUCUUUGAGCGAUAUGCUAGAAAACAGCACCAAUCCACCUGUGACGUAUGGAUACGUGGAGAAGAUGAACCAUAAUUUUAAUGUCAGAUUUGAAGGUGACUCGAUUAAAAGGAGGAAAAGCUUGUGCGCAGAAGAACCUAUGCCGUCAACCACUUAUGACAAUGCAACAUUCAAACAUGUAACUCGAGAGUCAACAUUGAAAAUAACGCCAAUAUCACAUCCGGUACCUGAAGGAACAACAGAGUCUGUAGUCAAGGAAGAAGGGGGGUCAUCGACUGUUAUAGUGGUUGGUGUGGAAGUUGUUGUGACAUUAUUUGUUGUUGGAGUACUUGCAGUUUUGAUUAAGAGAAGGUACAUGACCAGGGCUUGCUCUAAUAACGCCGCGACAGGAAAGCCAUCCACUGAGGUGUCCACUGCUGCGGACAAUCAACAAAGAGUUGAAUAUGUUAACACAGCAAAUAAUGAAGUGCACAGUAAUAGUUUAAAUACUUACGAAAAACUUAACAUGACUAAGGGUGUUGACAACUAUCUCUCACUCCAAGAAAUAAAUGCAGUCGAGCACGACUAUCAAAAUGCAUGAAGGCAAAGAGGAACAUAUUAAUGAAAAGAGAAUAUUAUGUAGAUGUUGUUAUUUUUGUUUAAACUGCAAUUAUUAAACAAUUACAAUUACAGUAUAACGUUAUAUAUAUAUAUCAAAGAUAUGCAAUUUUUGCUUCAAAAACCUUAAUUAUAAGGGAGUUAUACCUCUAGUACCUUUAAAUUCUUUUCGGUAAUUCUUCGCUUGAUUUCCUUUAUUUGGCGCACACAUUUAUUGUUAUAAAUUAAGUCGCGGGAACGGUCUUCUAAUAUUUUUAAUUUUUAACAUGGCGGAUUCGGGAGCUCGGCCUAAAACUUCGCGUUCGAAAAGGCCAUCGUCGUUGGACGAACAAAUUUUUGAGUUGGAACGUGAGGAGGAUGUUUUAAAAGGGGGCUUAGAAUUGUUGAGCCCAAGUCUGAAAUCUAUUCCGCAGGACUUUGAAGCUCUGAAAGAAGAAAGGGUUACCCUCCAACGUUUGGUUGAUAAGCGCCGUAAAUCUUAAGAGGGCCGGCGAUUUAGGCGUGACAUCGAAGAGCUAAGAGGUCAAUUUUUAGCGUUGGAGGUGUCAGAUUUGCAAGACCCCAUCUCCCCAUCCCGACCCUGGUUUGGACAUUGGGUUCCAGAGAAUAUUCAUCUGCUGCGUUCUUCAGAAUCGCUCAACCAUAGGGUGGAUUCAAAAUUGCCGCUUGAAGUAUUGAACAGUGUGGAAGGUAAUAUCAAACCAAAGAAACUUAAAUCAGGAAAAUCUUCGAAAUGUACUGAUAUACAAGUUAAACGACCCCAAUUGUGGCCUUAUGCUUUUGUACCUAGCCAGUUAUGUAAACAGUCCGAUAUUAAGUACAAUGACUUAUCAAUGACUCAAUUUAUUGCGGGGUAUUGUUCAAUUUUAAUCCAUUUAUUUCAUGAAGGCUUCGAGGGUUUCUUUGGAAGAAAUAGACCGCAGUAUUACACAUUUACGAUCUAUGAUGUGCUUUGCACAUGUGUAUUAAUGAGAGUGCAUUUUAAACAUUCAUCAAGAAAUAUUGCUGGAUAUUAAAAGAGGCAAUCGUACAUGGCACGAUAGUUUUUCAGAUAUUGAAAGCCUGAAUCUGCUACUUGAUCGGGGACCUGGUUCUCCCGCGACGCGCACUUCCGGUCAGUCUGGUACGCCGCUUGGAUCGUCAGAAAAGCGGUCGUGGUUCUGCGCCUUGUAUCAGAAGGGUGAGUGCAAGAAAACUUCACCUCACGCAGCUCGUAUUUGGUCGGAUUUACGAACGGUAAAACAUGUGUGUGCUAUUUGCUACAUGAAUGAUCGUGAGCUGCGGGAACAUCCGGAAUGUUCCUGUUCCUGUCCGCACAAGCAGGACUGACCAGAUAACCUGUGUCGUACGUCUGAGGUUUCCAGUGCAUUUUCGUCUCUAACGUCUAUUAGCAGUUGCUAGCGUCUGAUGUUUACCAUUCUGAGGUUUCUGGAUCUUCGCUUGAUCCCGAGCCGAACUUUUUCAGCUUUCUAAGAAGUCGGCUGUAGUAAAUAUCAUGUGAAACUCAUCUGUUGAAAACAGUGUGUCCAGGACUGUUGACGUCUCUGAUUCCGUGAAUCGGAGGCUCAUGGAGCUUCGCAUCACCCAAGAAAGAAUAUAAGAGAUCCGCAACCUACAUCCGUUUGGGAUGCAAUUUAAAUACGCCUCAAAGUGCCAGUUACAAUCUUUGUUAGGGGAAUUGCAAUUCGUCGGUUAAUUGUUAAAGGGGCUGUACUCCGUAUGAUGAAAUAGCGAAAAAAAGAAAAUUGUCGAAAACUGACAUAAACUAGGUAUCGAUGUGUAAAAUGCAUUAAAACUUACUAGCUGAAGUACCACAUAGUUUACAAUUAAUUUAUUUUCGCAGUUUUUUUGUUUUUUUUUCGUAUUUUUCCAUUAAAAUAAGAUUACUAGGUAUGUCUACCUAGUAGAAUUCAUUCCUAAUGCGUGAUUGGCUAGUCGAUGUUAUCACGUGAUAUUACCAAGUUAGGUAUAUUGCUUAAAUAUUCCAACCGUUUAGGGUAAGCUUCAGUAGCACAGUGGAUACAACACUAAACUGCAAUUUUGACGACACCGGUUCAAACCCAAUCUUCGAAUCGAUAUAUUUUACAUUUUGGUAUUUUUUUUACAAUUAUGAUAUCAAAGAAUAAAACAUUUUAUUAAAUAAUUGUCCUGAGAUUUUUUGAAAACAUUUUUUGGUGCCAAUCUGAUGGACCGAUCUUUCAGCCUAGUCGUGUGUUUAUUUUACGUAUUAUUAUGCUUUUACGUGGUCUCAUCAUGGAAAAUCAUAAGGUGAGAUUAAAUUCGGAAUUCAAAAAAGAUAUCGUGUGUUGGAUAAAUUGCUAAACUUUGUGUCGAGUAAAUUGAUAGGUAGAAAGAUUUCUAUCUUCUGUGAUAAUGAACCAGUGUGUUGGGUGCUAACUUCUGGUAAAACCAAAGUUUCAGUGUUGUAUCAAUGUACCUAGAGAGGUGGUUUUUCUCGCGUGUACUCGCGAGUUCUAUAUUCGCGUCAUCCACCUGACUUCCACGGACAACAGACUCGCGGAUCUACUAAGCCGUUGGCACAUUGGUGCACACUAUAAGACUCAGUUUCUUAAACAAAACUUCCACAUUGAAAACAAAGGAGAUUAACGUCGAUGAAUCAUUGUUCAUGUUUGAGAAUAGAAGGUGAUGCGCGUAUUGCAUCUUCAGACAUUAUUCACUUGUUCAGGUGUUUGAGGCAACUGUUGAUUUUUGUUUGUUUACAAUAUCAGUAUUGCUUAUUUCUAUUUGAAAUCUUAUAUCUGUCACAAACAGCUACUUUUCAUUUGAUAGACUUGAGUCAUUUCUCGCUUCUAGUUUUCUGCAUAUAAAAAAAUAAUAUGUUUGUUUUAUUUUGUUCCAUGUUAAGUUUCAUUAAUAGUAUUUUUUGUGUGCUUUUUUUCAUUAUCAGAUGUUGCUGACGAAGAUUCAAGUGGCCUUGAUUGUCUCCGUCGUCAGUUAAAAGUUACUCAGAAAUCAGCUUUUGCUCUUGGAACUUACAAAACUCUUAAGACGCAAAUUCGUUCCUUUUUAUUGUUUUGUGAAUAUUACGACCAAAAAGACUGUCCUGUAUCUGUAGACACAUUUAGUUUGUACGCUCAAUUUUUAAGAAGAAGUAUGACGUCUGUACAAUCUAUCAAGAAUUAUAUCAAUGGUGUACGUUUAUAUCACAUGUUCAGGGGAUUUGUAUUUCCCGACAUUUCUUAUAUUUCCUUACAGAUGACUUUUAGAGUUCUAGAUAAGCUUUUGUUUCAUUCUCCGAAUCAGGCACCUCCGAUUUCGCCUGGUAUAUUGCUUAGAAUCAGAGACCUUAUUGAUAUAGAAGUUCCAUUUACGCCACUGUUUGGUGUGUUCUUUUAUUUGCUUUUUAUAUCAGAAAAAAUCGAGUAUUGUCUUUUGAUGGCACUAAAUAUUUAUGUCGCAAUGAUGUGACCUUGUUCGACUUUGGUAUUUUUGUUAACCCUAAAUACGCUUAGACAAAACAAUUUGGAGACAUGAAUGUUGUUUUACCGAUGUAUAAGAAUGACAAAUUUCCGCUAUGUCCAGUUGCCGCAUAUAUUAAUAUGUGUAAUCUAAAUCCAGCAAACUCAUUAGAUCCUCUGUUUUAUGUCGAAGAGUCUCAUUCUUGAGUUCCGCUUGAUGGAAGUAAGCUUGACAGAACUUUUAAGCGCAUUAUGUCACUCACUUCUGUAUAUGGAGCCUCUGAGUAUACUUUACAUUCCUUUAGAAGAGGACGUGCUUCUUAUUACUUUAAGUGUGGAGUUCAAGGUGAACUUGUUCAAUUAUUUGGCUAUUGGAAGUCGGACUGCUGUUUACGUUAUUUAAGUUUUUUCUGGCGAAUCUUUGAUUCAGGCCACUAGAAAUGUAGCUCUGUCAAUUUAAUUUUUUGGCCGAGUUUUUGUUUUGGGCUAGAUGGCUGCUAUUGUUCUGUAUCUUAUUGUGUGUAAUAGGUAUACAGCUUUUUUCAGCCAAAAUAAAAUCAGUCUUCAUAUCAUGUGUUUUUGUCAAUUAUUCCCGAAAUAAUUUACAAUUUUUGCUUCAUUAUCAGGGAGUUUACUCUUGUACCUCUCGAACCUUUAAUUUCUUUUCGGUAAUUCUUCGCUUGAUUUCCUUUAUUUGGGCUCACAUUCAUUGUUAGAUUUUAAGUCGCGGGAACGGUCGUCAAAUAUUUUUAC